CACUGAUUGGCGGCACUGAUUGGCAGCACUGUAGUUGGCACUGAUUGGCAUUGAUAGGUGUCACUGACUGGCACGAUGAGUGACAUUGAAAGGCAGCUCAGAUGGGCACUGAUAUGUGGCAUUGAUGUGUACUGGUAUGCACUGAUAUGUGGCAUUGAUGGGCACUGAUGGCACUGCACUGAUGAGCACUGACAGGUGGCACUUCUGGGGCCACACUGAUCAUCAGGGCACACUGAUCAUCAGUGCCCUGAUGAUCACUGUCAGCGUGACAGCUCGAGAGGAGAGAAAUACCGAUAACCGGCAUUUCCAUGUUUUCAUGUGAUCAGCUGUGAUUGGACACAGCUGGUCACAU